UGUGUUUCUGAGUGUGUUGUGAGUGAGUGAGUGUGUUGUCCCAGGGCUGAGUGGGUGUAUCCCGCAGCGUUAGGGUGGGACCGGCCGGCCUUCCAGGAACAAGCAGGCGCAGAAGGAAGAAGAAAAAAAAGGAAGCAGCACAACAUGCUCUCAGUGAGCGCGCCCCUGUGUGUGUAUGUGUGUCUAGCGAUUUCCAAACCGCACUGCCUUUAGCUUUUUCGGCCUGUUAGGGUGUGGCCGUUUUUUCGGCGAUCUUUACUGCAUGCUGGCGUUUUCAAACCCGCGCCUUCGCCUUGUCAGGGCCGAUCAGAGCUUCAUUUCGGUCGCCAUCUUUACCACAGUUCGGAGAGGAGGCGAGCGGCAGGGCCACCGCGAGCCCGGGCUCUGGAGUUUCGCUAACCGGAUUCUGUUUAAUGCACUUUCCCGGCUCGGUGACGGGCAGCACGGUCUGGAAAUCGACCCAGAGUUCAAUCGGAAAGCUGUAGAUGAUCUGGCAGUGGGUUGAGAGUGAAAGUGCUGUCGUGCUCGAUUGUUUACUUUGCGGACUAUCUUCUCGAGUUGAAAGUGAACCAGUGGCUGCGCUAGUGGACUGAGCCUCCCAGCCUGGCUGUGUGUCGGAGGGUGUGUAACUGUAUGAGGCCAUUGUCCUUCAGAUGAGCCAUAUUCUGGGGCUGUUGCGUCGCAGACCCAGAUAAUCCCUGGUGGCUGCGGCCCAGGCCCCGCCCCUACCCAGCAUGCCCAACGCUGUUCGAACGGGGAGCCUGAAGGACCCCGAGAUUGCUGAGCUCUUUUUCAAGGAGGAUCCCGAAAAACUCUUCACUGAUCUCAGGGAGAUCGGCCAUGGCAGCUUUGGUGCAGUUUAUUUUGCACGAGAUGUGCGCACCGCAGAGGUGGUGGCCAUCAAGAAAAUGUCCUACAGUGGAAAGCAAACCAAUGAGAAAUGGCAAGACAUAAUCAAGGAGGUGAAAUUUCUCCAGAAUAUAAAGCACCCAAACAGCAUUCAGUAUAAAGGCUGUUAUCUGAGAGAGCACACAGCAUGGCUGGUAAUGGAGUAUUGUCUGGGCUCUGCUUCAGAUAUCCUAGAGGUACACAAAAAGCCCUUGCAAGAAGUAGAGAUUGCAGCAAUUACCCAUGGUGCUCUUCAGGGGCUGGCAUACCUUCAUUCCCACAACAUGAUCCACAGAGACAUCAAGGCUGGGAAUAUCCUGCUGACUGAGCCUGGCCAAGUGAAACUGGCUGACUUUGGCUCUGCUUCCAUUGCUUCUCCUGCUAACUCGUUUGUGGGAACUCCAUAUUGGAUGGCCCCAGAGGUGAUCUUGGCUAUGGAUGAGGGUCAGUACGAAGGCAAAGUGGAUGUCUGGUCAUUGGGUAUUACUUGUAUUGAAUUAGCGGAGAGAAAACCGCCGCUUUUCAACAUGAAUGCAAUGAGUGCCUUAUACCAUAUAGCGCAGAACGAGAGCCCAACCCUGCAGUCGAGUGAAUGGUCGGAUUUCUUUAGAAACUUUGUGGACUCCUGCCUUCAGAAACUGCCUCAAGACAGGCCUAAUUCUGAAGAGCUUUUGCAGCAUGCCUUUGUGGCGCGUGAGCGAGCGGAGUCUGUGCUAAUGGACCUGAUCCAGCGCACCAAAGAUGCUGUGAGAGAGCUGGACAACCUGCAGUACCGCAGGAUGAAGAAAAUCAUCUUCCCCGAUCCACAAAAUGGACCAGUGGCAGAAGCUCAGGACGAGGAGGAGGAGCCAGAGCACAGCACAGGGCAUACCGGUACAGUGAACAGUGUGGGUAGCAGCCAGUCCAUUCCUAGCAUGUCCAUCAGCGCCAGCUCUCAGAGCAGCUCUGUCAACAGCUUGCCUGAUGCUACUGAGGACAACAAGAGUGAGCUGGACCUGCUAGAGGGUGAUCACACAGUCAUGUCCAACAGCUCUGUCAUACACCUUAAACCGGAAGAAGAGGAAGAGAGUCAACAGGAAAACCCAGAGGUUCCUAGUGAACCAACUGAAGAGCAGUCUCCUCCUGCACAGACUCCUCGCCGUCUCUAUCGCAACAGAGAACAUUUUGCCACCAUUCGCACAGCCUCGCUGGUGACACGCCAAAUCCAAGAACAUGAGCAGAACUCGGAGCUACGGGAGCAGAUAUCUGGGUACAAGCGAAUGCGGCGGCAACACCAGAAGCAGUUGGUGGCUCUGGAGAACAAACUCAGGGCAGACCUAGAUGAGCAUAGGCUCAAAUUGGACAAGGAGCUGGAGAACCAGAGAAACAGCUUCGCUGCUGAGAUGGACAAACUUGUCAAGAAGCACCAGGCAGCCUUGGAGAAAGAUGCCAAGAAUUUUGCCAAUGAUGAGAAAAAGUUUCAGCAGCACAUUCAGAGCCAGCAGAAGAAAGAGCUCAACAGCUUCCUGGACUCCAAGAAACGAGAGUACAAGCUACGCAAGGAGCAACUGAAAGAGGAAGUAAAUGAGAAUCAGUCUACACCAAAGAAAGAAAAGCAAGAGUGGCUGUCAAAGCAGAAGGAGAACUUGCAGCACGUCCAGGCUGAGGAGGAGGCAAACCUUCAACGCAGGCAGCGCCAGUACCUGGAGCUUGAGUGCCGCAGGUUCAAACGGCGCAUUCUUGUUGUUCGGCACAAUGUUGAGCAGGACCUGGCAAGAGAGGAGUUAAACAAGCGUCAGACUCAGAAGGACCUGGAGCAUGCCAUGCUACUUCGACACCAUGAGUCCAUGCAGGAGCUGGAAUUCAGGCACCUGAGCACCAUCCAAAAGACACGGGCCGAGCUCAUUCGCUUACAGCACCAGACUGAGCUCACCAACCAGAUUGAGUACAAUAAACGCAGAGAGAGAGAGCUUCGACGCAAACACGUCAUGGAGGUCCGCCAACAGCCCAAGAGCCUGAAGCCCAAAGAGGUUCAGAUCAAGAAACAGUUUCAAGAAACGUGUAAAAUCCAGACCCGUCAGUACAAAGCUUUCAAGAACCAACUGCUAGAGAGCACGCCCAAGUCAGAACACAAAACUAUGCUAAAGAGACUGAAGGAGGAGCAGACACGCAAGCUGGCAAUCCUCGCAGAGCAGUAUGACCAUUCAAUAAAUGACAUGCUCUCUACACAAGCUUUGCGGCUGGAUGAGGCACAGGAGUCUGAGUGUCAGGUAUUGCGGAUGCAGCUGCAGCAGGAGCUGGAACUGCUAAAUGCUUAUCAAAGUAAGAUAAAGAUGCAGACGGAGUCACAGCAGGAUCGAGAGAGGAAGGAACUUGAGCAGAGGGUGUCUUUACGCAGGGCUCUACUGGAGCAGAAGAUUGAGGACGAGAUGCAGUCUCUGGAAAAUGAUCGCUCGGAGCGUAUCCGCAGCCUUCUGGAGCGUCAAGCUCGAGAGAUUGAGGCCUUUGACUCGGAGAGCAUGCGGCUGGGGUUCAGCAACAUGGUUCUGGCCAACAUCACCCCCGAGUCGCUGAGCAACAGCUUUCCUGGGGCGCCAGCCAGCUGGGCCCACUCAGCAACUCCACAGAAUCCCCAGUGGAGUUGUUGCUCAGGCUCUGGCCAUCAGUACCAUGCCAAUCAGGGAGGAGCCCCUGGCCAGCAGAUCUGGGGAGCAUCUGUCUCAGGAGCAGCACCUCAACAGUGGAGUCAUGCAACAGGGGGCCUCCUGGGGGCCGUGCCAAAGAGCAGCGGGAGUAUGGCCAUGAAAAACAGCCCACAGGCCCUCAGGAGGACCACAUCAGGGGGGCACAAUGAGCAAAACAUGAGCAGGAGCACCAGCAUCACCUCUCAGAUAUCCAAUGGCUCCCACCUAUCCUACACAUAAACCCCAGAGUAUCAGUGCCACGCCCAAACACACACACACACACACACAUAGACAUACAGGUUAAGGGACUGCCAAAUUGCAUAGAAUCAGCUGAAUGGCACUUUAACCUGCUUGAUCCAUCUCCUGUUUUGUCUUUAUGUCUCCCGAUUUUCUCACAUACAGUUGGUGAGGUAUCGCUAACCAUUGCUCAGGUCAAUAGCUAUUCUAUCUGUGCAUGACAGUUAAUUGGCCCACAUGCAGAGCUAGAAUUUGUCUAACACUGCAACUUUGCUCUGUUGAUUUCUGUGAAUCCUUUUAGCUGUCUUUGCAAUCCCCACUAACUAUUUUAAAAUGCAUGUACAAAACAUAUGUAUUAUGGAUACAGAGAAAGUUCUAAAUGCCAGUUGUUAAACUCAUAGCGAAGAUGGAUUAAAAGAACAAGGGAACGUUGAACAGCUAUACAUAAGUGUAAUAAUAAUUCAAAAAAAUAAACAAAAUGCCAGUAUCACCCCAAUUUAGAGAUGCUUAGGUUCCUAUUCUGCCACAUUGCCAGCCUGCUGUUAUGCAUCAGGUGAAUCAGGUGAAUGUUCCUCUUCAGCUACAAUGCUCAAUUGUAUUUUUAAGGAAAGAGUAAUUUUGCCAUACCGUGAGUGUGGAGUGUUGUAUAGUAUGGGAGUGAGAGAAAAAUGGUAGUCUUUAGUCUUCGAUGUAGGUGUGCAUUCAUUCACUUGUCUAGCCAGACUUGAGAACUUUGUGUUUAAAGUGACUGGUUUUAUUGGGAUUUACAGAUUUAUAUACGUUUACUAUCAAUAACAGCAAAAAAGUAUAUUUAUAA